AUGCGGAUGUUACUCACUUGGAGCGUCGUCGCUGCAUUCUUCCUGGGGCGAGUCGCCGCAGGUCUCCCCUCCAAAAUAUAUGGAGUGAACCUGGGUUCGUGGUUGGUAUUGGAGCCAUGGAUGCUCCCCCAAGAAUGGACCGAUAUGGGAGGACAAAUCUGCAGCGGGCCGUGCUCCGAGUGCAUCGGCUCCGAAUUCUCGUUUGUGGAGGCUUACCCCGAUACCGCUGACGCGAAAUUCCAACAGCACUGGGAGACUUGGUUCACCCAGGACGACGUCAAUGACCUCGCAAGCAAUGGUAUAAACACUGUUCGCGUUCCAUUGGGCUACUGGAUCAUCGAGUCCCUCGUCGACCGGAAGACCGAGUUCUUUCCCCGCGGUGGUAUAAAACAGUUGCAACGUGGCUUGAAGCAGCUGAAAGCGGCUGGCAUUAACGCCAUCCUAGACCACCACGCGCCACCUGGUGUUCAAGAUGCGAAUCAGGCUUUCACAGGCCACUGUACGACGGAUGUCGAGUUUUAUACUCCGUACAACUAUCAGCGAGCGCUCGUUUGGACGGCCGUCAUGACCGCUCUCUCGCACCUCGACUCCAAUUUCGACUCUGUCUUCGCUAUAGAAGCUGUCAACGAGCCGAUCAUGGACGCAACCCAAACUCCCGGAUACGGUGAUUUCCAACAGAACUUUGUGCAGACCAUCCGCGCCGUUGAGUUCAUCCUGGGCGUCGGCGACCCUAUCCUCGAUCUCUCGGCUAACCUGGCCGCCUCGAGUCAGAACGUUACUGCAGCUAUCUCCGCGACUGUCAAUAGCUCUCACGAGAUCAAUCCUGAGGUCAAGGCUGCUAUCCUUGCGUCCAUCCCAAUCCUUACCGAGCUCAGCUUUGAGAUGGGCUUCAACUUACUCCUCAGCGCUUUGAAUAGGAAGAAGGACCCUCUCGUCGCGAACUUCAUGGACGUCAACUGGCAGUACAACGACCCUCCGAAUCCUGCUGACGUUACUAUCGGUCCCACGGGCUACGACAACCAUUUGUACUAUAGCUUCGGUGGUGUUGCCGACGCGAAUGAGGAGGCGUACAUGAUCAGCAUCUGCAACCUUCAGCGGGUACAAGCCGACGCCGCACUCGGAGACUCUCCGCUCUGGUUUGGCGAGUGGGGUCUCCCUACCCAAUUCAAUGCCACCGAUGAAUUCCUCUACGAGUGGGCCGACGCACAGAAGCUCAUGUACUCCCAGGGCAAGGGCUGGAUCUUCUGGAACUUCAAGACAGAGAUAUCCGAGCUCGCAGGAGAUCUUUCCCGCCAGUGGUCCUACUUGGAGGGCGUGAAGCUUGGAUACCUAACGAAGGACCCCUCGAAGCUUAACGAUCCUAAUGUUUGUGCUCCAUAUGUCGGCAGGACGUACACUAGCACGUCUACAAGCGCCUCUGCAAGCUUUACAUCGACGAGCGAACCUUCGGCCUCUGCUGCCUCGACCACUAGCGUUCUGGCCUCUACGACAUUUGUCCACAGUGCUUCACAGACUCGGAGCACCACCCAGGGCCCGAGCGCCCCCCAGGUUUCGAGCAUCCUCCAGAUCUCGAGCUCUGCAGAGGCCUCGAGAACCGCACAAGCUUCGAGCACCGCACAGGUUUCAAGCGUAACUCGAGCGUCAAGUACUUUCCAACCUUCCGGCGCCCCCCAGAUCUCGGGCCCUGCCACGGUUUCCAGCGCGGAGGCGGGGAUAGGGAGCAGAAUCGCUUCAGCUUGA